GUCUGCGUGGGCCUUUCCCAGAGAAUGUGGUGGCCGACAGAGGACCCAGGACACCACCGGGAACGCCGCCGAUGUCCCCGCGUACACCCCCUGGACCUCCACCCGGCAGCCCUACACUCUUUGCUCCAAUGACGCCAACGGAGCUAUUGGCACACCUUCUUCCGCCGGGAACGCCCGAAGAGGCGUGA